AUGUCCCGUCAAGUCGGCGGCACAGGCCAGUGCGGCGGGUUUCAAAACGCCAUCGACCAUACCGCCGCCUCCGACUACGCCCUCCAGCUCUCGAACGGCCAAAACGCCGGCCUCUGCCAGGGCUUCCUCGACAACCUACACGGCACCUGCGGCCUCGGCAUCAUCAACUGGAAAUGUGCCAACAACAAUGGGGUGACGGGCAUCUCGUUCACGGCUCCGACGACUUGUUUGGGCAGUCAGAUUCAGAAUACCGUUUGGGUGGCCACGCUGCCGCAUAUCCCAGACGUCGUAUGCUCGUGGGGGCGUUACGAUGAUGAUGAUGGGCCUGAUGGGAAUGGGUGGUGGGAUGCGGUUUUUCAAUUUAUCGUGGAGUUUGGUGGGGAUUCUUAG